UGAAUGGAAUGGAACCUCUGUGCCCCCAUUUCUGGAACUCCCCCCUGAGUGCUACUCCAAGCUCUCCACCAUGUCUUGUUCCAGCUCCAAGCGAUCUUUCCCCAACGUUCUUGGACAUCAUUUCGAAAGAAUCCACAUACGUGCUAGAGUCCCGCUCUCUCCGACAGCAGGAGUCGUUUGCGCACCAGUAGACUGUCCCCACGCAAACAACUAAAAGUCGCUCUCACGUCAGUAAGAGAAGGGUAUUUCCGGCAAGAGGGCGAGCUAUCGAGCUAUCGAGCUAUCGAGCUAUCGAGCUAUCGAGCUGUCGAGCUAUCGAGCUAUCGAGCUAUCGAGGUAUCGAGGUAUCGAGGUAUCGAGGUAUCGAGGUAUCGAGGUAUCGAGGUAUCGAGGUAUCGAGAUAUCGAGCUAUCGAGCUAUCGAGCUAUCGAGCUAUCGAGCUAUCGAGCUAUCGAGCUAUCGAGCUAUCGAGCUAUCGAGCUGCAGUAAUUUCCCGCUUUCAAGCCUACCGGCGUGUAUACGAUGCCGCCUAGUAGUAUCAUGAUCCUACCAUCAUCCCGACUCUCCAUGCCGUCACCACGAACUCCCACGUUCCACGGCGGCGUUACGGCAUCAUGGGCAGCCGCCGCUCUCCUCGCCGUGAUCCCGCGACGCGCCUGUCGUGACGUGCGAAUCCCGGCCGUCCUGCUGCUCGCCUUGCUGCUCUCACUUCAGCUCGGACCGCAAACGCGAGGCGGGAUGUUGCUCGCAAGAGCGGCCCGGGAUACCGCGGCGUGGAUCCACGAAGCCGAUGCGAGAUGGCUCACAGUGGUGAUGGGCGCAUGGGGAAAGCAGUUCCAGGGGUGGCGGAAGGAUGGGCCCUGCGAGAACGCAUGGGGGCUGACAUGCAAGGACGUGUCGGGGCAUAUCGACUCCAUGCAGCUUCCAUCGCAGCAGCUGAGAGGAGGCAUUCCGUCUGUCAUGGGCCACUUCACUCUCCUCACACGCCUGGACUUGAGCUCAAACCAACUCUCCAGCUCCAUCCCUCACUUCCUCGGGUCCUUAGUCAGCCUGCAAUAUCUGGACCUGAGCAGCAACGCGUUCACAGGAGCCAUUCCCAGCAGCUUCAGCAGCCUCGUCCACCUCAGAUCGCUCUCUCUCCACCGCAACAACCUCUCAGGCGCCAUCCCCCCUUCCCUCGCCCAAGCCAAGGCCCUUUCGCUCCUGGAUUUGAGCAAUAACGGGUUCACUGGGUCGAUUCCUCCCCAGCUCGCUUCCCUCACCAACCUCACCGCCUUGUGCGCUGCGCUCCCCCUUGCUUCUUCUUCUGCUGAGGCGCCUCAACACUAGACUUUUGCGAGACCUGGCCACUAACGAGGGGCUCACCAGCAGCAUACCAGAGCAACUGGGCAACCUCACAUCCCUUGUUUCGCUCAAGCUCGGGUCAACUCAGCUCAACGGCUCGCUGCCUCUCAGCUUAAGCCGUCUCACGCAACUCACCAUGCUGGACAUCGGCAACACAUUAAUUAGUGGCUCGGUGCCGGCUUUCCUCGGCAUCCUCUCCAAUUUGCUCACAUUCGUUAGGAGCAGCAACAUGACAUGCAGCAGCAGCACCAACAGCACCAGCAGCACUGGCAGCAACGGCAGCAGCAGCGUGUGCGCUCUCCUCAACGCCUCGUCGUUCUCGUCCAACUCAGCCUUCUGCCGCGAAUGCUCGGACCUCUGCACCACCUGCCUUCCAGCCCCUCCCCCGCCCACCACUCCCUCACAGCCCUUCGAAGGCAGCACCUCUUCCUCUUCGUCCACCGGCCUCAUUGUUGGGGUGGUUGUGGCAGUGGUCGCUGCCCUGCUGGUGCUGGGCGCGCUGCUGUGGUGGUGGAGGAAGAGGAGGCAGCACAAAGAGCAGUCAGGCCCAUCGCCCUUCACGGUGGCAGUGGGGGAGGGCGAGGAGCCCCUGUACUGCCAGCAGUACUCGAUAGAGGAUGUGCGGCGGGCCACGGCGGACUGGGGGGAGAGGAACCGCGUGGGCACGGGGGGCUUUGGGGACGUGUUCAAGGGGGCGUCGCCGUACGACACGAGCGUCUUCUGGGCUGUCAAGCGAGCAAGGGUUCUCACAAACGACUUCCUGCAGGAGGUGGAGCACAUGGCCAGCAAGAACCACCCAUGUCUGGUGCGCCUGCUGGGCUUCUGCCGCGACUACAACCCACGCACGCAGCAGAUGGAGCAGAUCGUGAUCUAUGAGUACAUGGACAAUGGGGACCUUUCACAGUGGACCCGACCAGGCGGCAAGCACCUGACAGCAAGUCAGCUGCUGGACACGCUGCUGUCAGUGGCGCAGGGCCUGUCGUACCUGCAUGGCUUUGGCAUCGUGCAUCGCGACAUCAAGCCGGGGAACAUUCUGCUGGAUAAGAGCAUGCAGGCCAAGCUAUCGGACUUUGGUCUGCUGAGGAUGAGCGAGAGCAGCACACUCAAGUCAACUCGAGUCAUGGGAACACCGGGCUAUGUCGACCCCACCUACACCCAAACACGCAAGGCCACAACCGCAGCCGAUGUGUACAGCUUUGGCAUUCUGAUUCUGGAGCUCAUCACAUGCAAAAAAGCCGUCUUCGCUGUCAACGACCGCCCCGUUCACGUCCGCGACUGGGUGUCACAGCAGCUCCAUUCAGGCAGUGUCAACUCGGAUGACUCCACCACCGACAGUUCACUUGAUGCACCACGUGAGCUGCACGCAAGCGCUUACUCACUCGACGUUAUCGACCCGCGCCUUGCCAUGCCCCAGCCCAUUGCCUUGCGACUCCUCCACCUUGCGCUCUCCUGCACCUCCAUGUCGCUGGCCUCCCGCCCCUCCAUGAUGAAGCUGGUGCUGGAGCUGGAGACUCUCAGGAAUGAAUGCCUUGCCACGCGGCCUUCUCUUGUCUAUGAGUAACAGCCAGCGACUCCUCCGCCUCGCUCUUUCCUGCACCACCAUGUCAUUCGUCUUCCGAAUUUCGGGCUUCGCAUAGCGAACUUCUUCGAAAGUUCAAGAUGUACAUACUAGAAUUAUGGUUUGAUUUAAGUUGUUCCAGUACAAAUGCUUAUACUAGUCAUAUAACUGCACCGCAAUAAUGUAGAGUGUAUUGGUUGAGUUGUGAGAACUUGUGGUGUACCUCCCUUAUGGUGGGCCACCUCCCAAACCCCUUAGAUUGGAUUCUCUCUUGUGUGGAAGUCAUUUUUGGAUUGGAUUGUUCAUAAAUGUAGAUCAUGCCC